UGCAAAACGCCCGUCUCUUUGGCUGAAUGGUAUUUGUAGUCGAGGGGACAUUGUGACAACAAGUUGUUGAGGCGCUGCCAUGGUCACAGCUGCCCGGGAACAAUUUAGAGCCGGGAAUGCCGCGCCGUGUUAGGGACUGAAAAGGGCAUCCCGAGGCGCGCGUACACGCUCAUCUGCAGACACUCGCAAUUAACGCACACUCAAAAAGUGUCAUCGUUCCACGACGUCUGCGCUCCUGAGUUUGAUUGUUUUUUUUAGCUGAAAUCAGAAACGAUUCGUCAUCCGAUUAGCUCCGUCAGACCAGACAGCAUGUGAUGAAGCCGUGGAAAUGUCUCUGCCGCUGCUUUUCUAAAGCACGGCAGGGCAUCUUAAUUUACUGAGCUGUGAACUGAAAGUAAAGUAACACCAGGGGAAGUGACACAAAGGGAUGAAUAGAAACACUUUUUUGACUUGAUUGGAUUUUUAUGAAAUUCUCAUUUCUGGGAAGUGAAAAAAAAAACCACUCUGUGUUGACAAGUUUUUGGUUCUGAAGGCCCAUUGUUUGGUUUUCUAAGUGGGUUGCCGUGCUCAAGGGUGUGUGUGAGUGUGUGUGUGUGUGUGUAGUUGAGCAAAUGGGGAGGAGGAUAAAAAGGGUGCCUGCCCUGCUAACUCUGCCCCCAGUUCGAGCCCCUCCAUGCGCCCCUUGUUGUCAUGCACAAGCGCAUUCCCGUUGGCACAAAGUGGGCUGGCAGCAYAAGAGCCAUGUGUUUCAGCUCCACGCUUUGAAGGGCUCCAAAAACUUUUCAGAGUGGUUUCAGAAAAAAAAAGAGAGGAGGCAACAGAGGAAGAAAAAAAAGGGGGGAAAGAGCAGGGGAGUUUGUGGGAGAGGGAUGGGGUGCAGAAGAAGCUCCAGAGAUAAACAAGCUUUCCUGCUUUCGGUGUUUUGACAACAGCUUUUACAGAUUCKUCUGCUGAACGAGGACUGCAAAGGUUCACAACAAAAGUUUUUCCCCCCAGCAGAUAUUGUCACCAGCUGUUAUAAUGCAGCAUGAGGAGCUGUCAGCCAGAGAGGAGUUCACCUACAGCCACAUGUCCACUCUGGAGCGAGGCAACGGGACGCUGGGACGCCGAGGAGAGAGAAGGCCGGACAGGAGCGAGCGGGACAGCUACACGGUGGACGUGAGAGCCAGUGACCUGCAGCUGUCCCAGCUAGAGCCUCUGAGACACCCCUGCUUCAGCUGCAGGGCCUGGCUCUACAGCGUCCUCAUAGGGGGGAGUCUGCUCAUCACAUCUGGUUUCUCUCUGUACCUGGGAAAUGUGUUUCCUGUUGCCAUGGACUACCUGCGCUGUGCUGCAGGCUCAGGCAUCCCUGCAGCCAUAGCUAGCUUUGCUAUUGCCAAGAACAGACAUGUUGCAGUAUCAGAUUUCCAGGUUGUCUUUGUGUCAACAUUUGCUGUGACAACCACCUGCCUGGUUUGGUUUGGUUGUAAACUGGUCCUGAACCCAUCUGCUGUCAAUAUCAACUUCAACCUCAUCCUGAUGAUUUUGCUGGAGGUGUUGACGGCCGGCACCGUCAUCCUGUCAGCUCGCUCUGCAGACGACUGCUGCCGCCGCAGGAAGUCUGGAACGUGUCACAGACCUGCGGCCAUCAAACCUGCAGUCUUCCCCACUCGACGCCUCAAGGCGUACUCUGUGAUCGAAGUGAUUGUAGGAAUCUCUGCUGUGUUUGGAGGCAUCAUAGCGCUCAACAUGGACGCCUUGUUGCCUGGUCCCUACUUGUCCGUGACAUUUUUCUGGAUUCUUGUGGCUUGUUUUCCAAGUGCUAUUGCCAGUCACGUGGUGUCAGAAUACCCCAACAAAUGCCUGGUGGAGGUGCUGAUUGCCAUCAGCAGUGUGACAUCUCCCCUGCUCUUUUCAGCCUCCGGUUUCCUGUCUUGCAGCRUGAUCAACUUUAUUGAAAUCUUCCUUCAUGAAGUGCCAACAGCCAAGCAAUCCUAUGACAUCCUGCUGCUGAUUCUGAUGGUGCUGCUGCUGGUGCAGGCAGUCCUUACUUCAGCCACUGUGGUGCACUGUGCCACAUAUAAGAGUCAGCUCCGCAUGAGGGCUCCAGAGUGCGAUGAUGGCGUGCAAACCACCGCUUUUUACAGCGAGCAGCAGACGCCCAACGGGACGCUGCAGAACUCUGACAAAGACCGGGCCUGGAAGGCAGUCAUGGUCCAAAUGGCUCAAUAAGAAGUUUGGUCUGGAGUUUUAAAAAAAAGAGGAAAGUGGAAGAUAAAAGUUUGGAAGCUGCACGACGUGCUUACCGUCACAGAAAAAAAUGGUUCAUUUAUGUUAAAUAAACAAUGGGUUUAAUGAAUGAUGCUGUCAGAUUUCAGAUGUUUUAUUUCAGUAAAGUCGGCUCCUUCUAAAAGAACCACUUUCAACAAACAUGAAAGAUAAGAAAUAUUAGAACACAUUUAAGUUUUCUUAGAAUAGUGAAUUCUGAGUUACCUUAGGCUUAGAGGGUUAGGUCCUGUGCAUCUGAGAUUAUUAGUUGUUGAAACAAUAAAAUAUGUUAUUGCAGGUAUGCACUGCUAAGACUGAAAUUGCGUUUUGUGUUAAGAAAUGAAAUGUGUUGUAAAUAAAAAUGAAUAAAGGCAUGUUUGGAAUCUUUAA